AGUACACUGCACCAAGCGUGAAAGAAUACAGUAGUCCUACAACAACGAAACAUCAAGAUGAAGCUCCUGAUUGUACUCGCAUUUGUGGCGGUGGUCGCCGCUCGACCUGAAGAUGACUACAGCCGCUACGAGAACUUCAACGUCGAUGAAAUUACGGGCAACACACGUCUGUUGAAAGCGUACUGCGAAUGUUUCCUUGGAGUCGGAAAGUGCACAGCCGAGGGCAAAGACUUUAAGAAAUGGAUUCCGGAAGCAAUACAAGACAAUUGCAGCAAAUGUUCUGAAAAACAAAAGGUUCUAAUUUCUAAGAUGAUCAUCGCAAUCCAAGAGCAAUUAUCUGAAGAGUGGGUAAAGCUUAACAAAGAAUUCAACCCUGACAGCAAAUACGAUGAAAAACUUAAAGAAUUCCUUGCCAAAUACGGACACUAAAAUUAAACAAAAUUUUUAUUUGUAAUUGUAUGGUUGCUUAAUUGACAUGUGAUAAAUAAAUAAUAC